GUCAUUGUCACUGAUUUUGAGCACCUGAGAAAGACUGGGGGAAGCUCAGAGACAAACAAAAAAACUUUAGAGGAAAGAAGAAAGAAGCUCCAAGUCCACUCAUGGAUUCAGUCCAAAGACGCCAAUGGUUUACCACCUAUUAAGAUGACGUGACCAAGAGAUGGACUUGACAAUGUCUCCACGUGCUCAGAAAACUUUCCAGGUUAACAUCUUUUAUACCAACCAUGUCAACCAGUGAUCUAUAUGAAAAGCUUCCUCAGGUCCCAGUACCUGUUAGAGUUAUUUCAAAGAUUAUUUGUUGCAUCCUGCCCAUUGCUCAGAUUGCAAUCGGGGCAGUAUACCUGCACGACUGUCCCCGGCAGCCCUACAUCCCCAUCUAUCUGAUCGUGUUUGGGGUCUUGGGCGUCUUGAAUGCAGUGCUUCCCAUCUUGCCGAACACUCUCUGCAUGGCCUUGAACUCGCUGAUGUCCCUCCUCCUCUUCUGCUGGUUUAUUGCUGGUAAUGUGUGGAUCUACUCCAUUUAUCAGCCAAACUACGACAAGAACACAACGUCUGUAGAUCCCUACUGCGACAAGACGCUCUACCUGUUCUCCUUCUGGACCACCACGCUGGUCUACAUCCUGCUGGGCUUGUCCGUGCCCAUCGCCAUCUGUGCCUGCUUGUGUGCCUGCUGCAACUCUGACUGACCCCGAUAACAUCUGAAGAUUGUAAGACUUAAAAUAAAUGACGGGACGAUACACCUCAUGGGGAGAGUUUGCGGGUUUUAGGUUUUUCUGUUGUUUUUUCACCAAGACCUGGAACAAACAUCUGUGGUUGAGUUGUUCCACUAUUAAAUCUGGAGAGAAAACAGCAGAAUGAUUCCCCUCAAAAAUCCCUAUGAGAUGUACAGUAUGUUUGAUUCUCAGAUAAAGCACAUUUUAAACACUUCCCCUUCUGCUUUGUUGAACUUUCCUUUGCGCCUUUCCAAAAGAGAUCAAUAGUUCUUUUAUACAUUAAGCUUUAAAUCUGGCUCAACAAAUUUACUUUUUUUUUUAAAUUCUGAUUUACAUUUAAAAUUCCUGUACAAUAACCACUAAUGUUUAAAACCUUCAAAUUGACCCAGUCAUUUUCUUUUUUUGGGUGACGGGUGAUCAAAGAAAACAAACGUCUUGGAUUUUAAAGAAUGCAUUUACAACAGAUUGAUCAAGCUUAUUACAGUAUAAAUGUUUAUUAUGAUAUAAAAACCACAAUUCCAA